AUGAAUUCCAACCUUGGGAUCCUGUUCCUCCUCAUGCUCUUCACUGGCCUGCCUCUCCACUUUCUCCUUGCCCUUCCCUUUGCGCUCGCUACACCGGUCCCAGCGCCCCCCGUGCCGCUAGACUGGCCGGAUCAGAAGCCCACACAUACCCACAAACCCCUCCUGCCUCCGCCUCCGCCCCGCAAUCUAGAAGACCACCGUUUUCCACCUUUAGAUUGCGGUGGUGCGACCCAUAAGCAUGGAUUUGCUGCAGGUUGUGUUCGGAGGGAGAGGGACGUCUAUAUGGUAGAGGGGAAGAGAGAUGAAACGGUGGUGAGGGUACCUGAGGGAGGGUUGGGGAGGCCUACGGUCGGCGGAAGGCUGGACCUCAGUGUGGAUCCGAAUCGACAUCCUACCAGUCAGUUGUUGAAGGAAGAAAGCAAGAAGAACAAGUAA